GCUGGGCCCGGCUGCUGUGCGGGAGCCAUGGCGGCCUUUGAGGCGGCGGCGGCGGGUCCCGCGGCUCUGGCCUCGGAUGCCCCGGCCGUCCCAGCGGCCGCGAGGGGAGCCGCCGCCGCCUCGGACCUUUGGGGACCCCCAGGACGGCUGAGGGGCAGCCGGCCGCGGCACUCGGCGGCAAGGCAGCAGCCCGCGGGUCCGGCGCCGCCGGCCCGGGAGCUGAUCCAGCCGUCGGUGAGCGAGCUGUCCCGGGCUGUGCGGACCAACAUUUUGUGCACUGUGCGUGGCUGCGGCAAGAUCCUGCCCAACAGCCCCGCGCUCAACAUGCACCUGGUCAAGAGCCACCGCCUGCAGGAUGGCAUAGUAAAUCCAACAAUAAGAAAAGAUUUGAAAACUGUACCGAAAUUCUACUGUUGUCCAAUUGAAGGAUGCCCUAGAGGCCCUGACAGACCAUUUUCUCAAUUUUCUCUCGUAAAACAGCACUUUAUGAAAAUGCACGCGGAAAAGAAGCAUAAAUGUAGUAAAUGCAGCAAUUCAUAUGGCACUGAGUGGGACUUGAAAAGACACGCAGAGGAUUGUGGCAAGACCUUCCAGUGCACGUGUGGCUGUCCCUAUGCCAGUAGAACUGCGUUACAGUCCCACAUCUACCGAACUGGCCAUGAGAUCCCUGCAGAGCACAGGGAUCCACCUAGUAAGAAAAAGAAAAUGGAAAACUGCCUGCACAACCAGAAGUUGUCCAGUAAGACCAUUGAAUCAGUGAGUAACCAACCAACCCCAAGACCAGACCCUCAAGAAUUAGAAACUUCAGAAAUAAAGCUAGUAGCUUCUUUUGAAGACUCUUGCGGCUCCACUGCCAGAAAGCAGACUCUUACAACAGCAACAAGAUAUCCUCAGAAGUUGCUUUUGCCAAAGCCCAAAGUGGCUCUGGUUAAACUGCCCGUCAUGCAGUUUUCUCCUGUGCCUGUGUUUGUGCCUACAGCUGACUCCUCGGCCCAGCCUGUGGUGUUAGGUGUCGAUCAUCAGGGCUCUGCCCCAGGUGCUGUGCACUUACUGCCCUUGUCAAUAGGAACCCUGAUCUUCGGCCUUGAUUCAGACGCCUGCUCUCUUAAGGAGAGCCUCCCGCUUUCAAAAAUUGUAAAUCCUGUUGCUGUUGAGCCAAUUAGUACAGGUGUUCAAGUGAACUUGGGUAAAACUUCGUCUAAUUCUUUACAAGAACUAGGGGACACAUGUCAAAAGAACAGCAUUUCUUCCAUCAAUGUACAGACAGAUCUGUCUUAUGCCACACAACACUUUAUACCUUCUGCACAGUGGGUGAGCCCUGAUUCCUCUGUGUCGUCUUGUUCUCAAACUGAUUUGACGUUUGGUUCUCAAGUUUCCCUUCCCAUUAGUGUUCAUACUCAAACCUUUUUGCCAAGUUCUAAGGUAACUUCAUCUAUAGCUGCUCAGACUGAUGCGCUUUUAGAUGCUUGUUUCCAGUCAGGUGGAAUCUCCAGAGAAACUCAAACCAGUGGAAUGCAGAGUCCAACAGAGGACCGAGUACAGAUGGACCAAGCUGUAAUGUGUGGAGACAUUUUUGAGAGUGUCCAUUCAUCAUUCGGUGUUUCUACAGACAAUAUUAUAAGCAGCAGCUUAGUAGCAGAGACUGUAACUCAUGAUUUGUUACCUCAGAGCCACCCUAAGACUUUAAAUCAAGAUAUUGAGAAAUCUGCACCAAUUAUAAACUUCAGUGCACAGAACAGUAUGCUUCCUUCACAGAACAUGACAGAUAACCAGACCCAAACUAUAGAUUUAUUAAGUGAUUUAGAAAACAUCUUAUCAAGUAAUCUGCCUGGUCAGACACUGGACAAUCGUAGUCUUCUGUCGGACACGAAUACUGGACCUGACCCCCAGCUCGCAUCUGGCCCAACCCAGAAUCCUGCCAUCGAUUUUGAUAUUGAAGAGUUCUUUUCAGCCUCAAAUAUCCAGACUCAAACUGAAGAGAGUGAGCUUAGCACCAUGACCACUGAGCCAGCCUUAGAAUCGCUAGACAUAGAGACCCAAACUGACUUCUUACUUGCAGACUCCUCUGCCCAAUCCUACAGUUGUAGGGGAAAUUCUAAUUUCUUAGGCCUUGAAAUGUUUGACACGCAGACACAGACAGACUUAAACUUCUUUUUAGACAGUAGCCCUCCUCUGCCUCUGGGAAGUAUUCUGAAACACUCCAGCUUCUCCAUGAGUACUGAUUCAUCUGACACAGAGACCCAAACUGAAGGAAUCUCCGCUGCUAAAAACAUACCUGCUCUAGAAAGCAAGGUGCAGUUGAACAGUGCAGAAACACAGACCAUGAAUUCUGGCUUUGAAACCCUGGGGAGCUUGUUCUUCACCAGCAAUGAAACGCAGACAGCAAUGGAUGACUUUCUUCUGGCCGAUUUGGCCUGGAACACAAUGGAAUCUCAGUUCAGCUCCGUAGAAACCCAGACCUGUGCAGAACUACACACAGUCUCCAACUUCUAAAAGGGGAUCCACGUGUGGGAUGGCAUUUACAAUUUCCUUCUGGACUUAGAAAAUGGAGAAUGGGGACAACAGUAUUAACUCUAUUGAAUGUAGUUGAUAUGCAGUUGCUUCGAUUCUUUGAGGUUCUUUGCUUUUUGUUUGUACUUGUAAACAUGAAAUUUGUGUAUAAAUGUGAGUGUAUUAUAAAGUAAGAUGUUGAUCUAAAAAGAAUUGUAUUGUGUUGCCUACAUUUGCCCUUUACAGCUAGUCUUCCCAUCUUUAAAAAAAAAAAGGGGGGGGAAUUUCACACCUUUAAAACCCAUCUAGCCAUUUAGCUGAAGCCAAGCUUAACAGGUACUAGGGUACAAACUUUUGAAAUCUUCAAAAUAUUUUAGUAGAAGUGUGACUUACUUAAAUUGCACCUAAAAUAUUCUUAACAGUGCGUAUUAGAAAUUCCUGUUUCCUGAUAGUAAUAUCUAAAGAAAUCUGAUGCUGCAUCAUCAGAAUUAAACGCCAUUGCUUAGGUGCUUCGAGACUCAUGCUGCCUGCUGCUUUGACAUCUCCUUUCUGACUUGAAGACACAAAGGAAAACUACAUCUGCCUUUAGCUUUUCAGACAGUUUUCAUGUGGUCAUUGCCAUCCCUUCUCUACAUGAACUAUUGAUACCUAUGUAAGUGUACAAUACUUUCCUCACAAGAUGAGUCACUGUAAAAUUACUGCUUAAUGUAGUAGCAGCAAGCCCUUAGUGUAAAUAGUGAUGCGUCUUAUCUAAAUAACAGUCGUGGCUGUGGAACCACGCCUGUUGGUUCCUACUGGAGUGCACGCUACAAACAUCCCCUCCUAGACGCUCCAGUAGGCCAGGAUGGUGUUCCAGAGCUGUUUGUCAAAGUGCACCCCCAGGCUGGAUCUGAGUUUUGUCACUCUAAAUGUUAAAAAAAUAUAUCAUGGAAAGGAAAAAGGACAUUCCUCCCUAAAUUUCAAUACUUGGCAUAAGCUUGAAAGGGAAGAGUGCAAUCCACAAUUAUUUUAAAGUGAAUCUUCUUUUCAUCCACCUUUCAUCUUUUCCUUGAAUAAGGAAAGACAUUGGUCUAGCAAGAAUAUUAUUUGUGCCUUGAGGAUAGUAAUGAUAGAAUAGAUUCACCUUCUGCAUUUUGUUUGUUUAUUUAUUUAUUUAGAGAGGGUGAUAUCACCAGUCUUCUCCAAAGAAAACUGAGGUGGAGACCGAUGGCUUCCAUAAUCAAAGACAUCUAUGUUUUGAGAUGGGAGCGUGAUCAAGGAUGCUUGAGGGGUUUUCUGUAUUUAGGAGACCCUGAAUUCUUGAUUCUUGGCCAACUUUCAGGCAAGAGAAAAUCAGUGCAGCCUGUAGGUUUUCCAAGUUUAUCAAAACAUGCUCUGUUCCUUCUGUGGCACGUGCUUGUGCUGAUGAAGGCUGAAUCCUCAAAAUAAAACCUAAGAGAGGACUACCUGAUGGUGUUGCUAAUUCCUAUUCCAUAGAAGAAUUGUUGGUAGCGGAUACAUAACGUACCCCAGGUAGAUGAACUCGACCUGGUAGAUUAAAAGUUUGCUUUGGUCACAGUUGCUUAUGAAUAUGGGUUUCAAAACAAACAUAAAGCCUUAACUUAGGAUUUCACUAUGUUUUAGAUUUGUCACUGCCUUAAUGUUCAAACAUCUAUGUAGAUCCUCUCCAUAAAGGAGAAAUGCAUGUCUGUUUAUGGCUUUUCGUAAAUACAAAUGCAGUGAUCUAUGGCUUUAAAAAAUUUCUUCGUUUCUGUGACAGUGUUUGUUAACCCAGCCAAUAGAGUUACUUACAGAAAAAUGGAGCAUGUAAUAGUUCUUCAUGUACAAGAACUGUUUCCCCCCAAAACCUUAGUUACCUGAAUUGUUCUAAGAUUACUUGUAAAAGCUGAAAUUCAGUGAUUAA